GCUUAACCCAUUAAGUGAUUAUGCAUAGAUUAAUUAAAAAAGAAAGAGACAUAUAUAGCUAUCCAUAUUAAGUGCUUAACUCAUUAACUCAAAAAGAAACACCACCUCAAUCUGGUUUAAUGUGGUAUCGAGGUAUGUAGGAAUGCUCUUUGUGAAGAGUAGUGGAAAGCCAAUGGAGAUGCUGGGAAAGCUAAAUGAGCUCACAGGCUUUGCUCCCGAUGAAGAAAUAGAACUGUUUGAGGAAAUCAAAUUCGAACCUAAUGUCAUGUGUGAACACAUUGAUAAGAAGCUAACAUUUCGAGCUAGUCAGCUUGAAGAUGGGGAAAAUAUGGCGAUAAUGGAAGGUGUGAUUUUCACUUAAGGGCUCUUUAUAAGGGCUAUAUUGAUAAGAAUGUUUGGGUUGGUCUCAAAUCUUUGCCUGUUGCUGUUAAGGUUCUCAACAAGGAGGGUCUUCAAGGCCACAGAGAAUGGCUUGUAAGCUCCUCUAGUUCUUUGUCCUUGCAACUAGACUGAUGUUAAUUUCCUUGGUAAGCUCAGACAUCCGAAUUUGGUGAAAUUGAUUGGGUAUUGCUGUGAAGAUGACCACAUAAUGCUUGUUUAUGUGAGAGAAGGCGUUUUCAACAGUGGGGACACCGGACUAUAUUGCCCCUGAUCUGAAGCGUUGUUGAAGAAAGGACAUGGGAUGGAUUGUGUACAGCCUGGUGGUGUUAAUUGGAUUUUUGAACUUGAGGAACUUCUUGAUGCUGCACAAUCUGAUGAAAAUGCGGGUACUUCAUCAAAGUCCAAUGAGGAAUCUAAGGAUGUUAUCUCUUUUUUGGAGGUUGAUAUUAUCACGCCAACACAUAAUUUAUUAGCCAGAAAGUUGACUUGCGAGAUAUUACCAGGGAAAAGCCUUCUUCUUACCGGGUUGAUGAAAGCGAAUAGCUCUGGAGUUAGAAGAGGAAAAGAAAGCUCAAGAUGAAAGAGAUAAGAUGCUGCAAAUGCAAGUGUUGCAUUCUUCAUUUCAAUUGUUAGUAUGAAACAAAGAGUAGAUUAGAUGAAUGCAAAUUUAUAUAUUGUAAGAAAUAGAAUUGUAUGACAUUAAAUUUUAUGCA